CUCUUCUCUUUUAGUAUCCGGAGCGUGAUGCAGAAGUAUCUUGAGGAGAGAAAUGAAAUAACCUUUGACAAGAUUUUUAAUCAGAAAAUUGGUUUCUUGCUAUUUAAAGAUUUUUGUUUGAAUGAAAUUAAUGAAGCUGUACCUCAGGUGAAGUUUUAUGAAGAGAUAAAAGAAUAUGAAAAGCUUGAGAAUGAGGAAGAUCGCCUUUGUAGAAGUCGGCAAAUCUACGAUACCUAUAUCAUGAAGGAGCUGCUGUCUUGUUCACAUCCAUUCUCAAAGCAAGCUGUAGAACAUGUACAAAGUCAUCUAUCCAAGAAGCAAGUGACAUCAACUCUUUUCCAGCCAUACAUAGAAGAAAUUUGUGACAGUCUUCGAGGCAACAUUUUUCAAAAAUUUAUGGAAAGUGACAAGUUCACUAGAUUUUGUCAGUGGAAAAAUGUAGAAUUAAAUAUCCAUUUGACCAUGAAUGAUUUCAGCGUACACAGGAUCAUUGGACGAGGAGGAUUUGGUGAAGUAUAUGGUUGCAGGAAAGCAGACACUGGAAAAAUGUAUGCAAUGAAAUGCUUAGAUAAGAAGAGGAUCAAGAUGAAACAAGGCGAAACGUUAGCCUUAAAUGAAAGGAUUAUGUUGUCUCUUGUGAGUACAGGAGAUUGUCCUUUCAUUGUCUGUAUGACCUAUGCCUUCCACACUCCAGAUAAACUCUGCUUCAUCCUGGAUCUGAUGAACGGGGGCGAUUUGCACUAUCACCUUUCACAGCAUGGGGUGUUUUCUGAGAAGGAGAUGCGGUUCUAUGCCACUGAAAUCAUCCUGGGGCUGGAACACAUGCACAACCGGUUUGUCGUCUACAGAGACUUGAAGCCCGCGAAUAUCCUCUUGGAUGAACACGGACACGUGAGGAUAUCAGAUCUCGGGCUGGCCUGUGAUUUUUCCAAAAAGAAGCCGCAUGCGAGUGUGGGCACCCAUGGGUACAUGGCUCCCGAGGUGCUGCAGAAGGGGACGGCGUAUGACAGCAGUGCCGACUGGUUCUCCCUGGGAUGCAUGCUUUUCAAACUCCUGAGAGGCCACAGCCCUUUCAGACAACAUAAAACCAAAGAUAAGCAUGAGAUAGACCGAAUGACGCUCACCGUGAAUGUGGAACUUCCAGACACCUUCUCCCCUGAACUGAAGUCCCUUCUGGAGAGCUUGCUCCAGAGAGACGUUAGUAAGCGGCUCGGCUGUCACGGUGGCGGUGCACAGGAAGUAAAAGAGCACAGCUUUUUCAAGGGCAUUGACUGGCAGUAUGUCUACUUGCAAAAGUACCCUCCACCCUUGAUUCCUCCCCGGGGAGAAGUCAACGCUGCCGAUGCCUUUGACAUCGGCUCAUUUGAUGAAGAGGACACCAAAGGCAUCAAGCUUCUUGACUGCGACCAAGAGCUCUACAAGAACUUCCCGUUGGUAAUCUCUGAGCGCUGGCAGCAGGAGGUAGCGGAAACAGUUUAUGAAGCAGUGAAUGCAGACACGGAUAAACUCGAGGCCAGGAAAAGGGCUAAAAAUAAGCAACUCGGCCACGAAGAAGAUUACGCCCUGGGAAGAGACUGCAUCAUGCACGGGUACCUGCUGAAGCUGGGAAACCCGUUCCUGACUCAGUGGCAGCGGCGAUAUUUUUACCUCUUCCCCAACAGACUGGAAUGGAGAGGCGAGGGCGAGUCCCGGCAAAAUUUACUCACGAUGGAACAGAUUCUGUCUGUGGAAGAAACUCAGAUUAAAGACAAAAAGUGCAUUUUGUUGCGGAUAAAAGGAGGGAAGCAAUUUGUCUUGCAAUGUGAGAGCGACCCGGAGUUUGUGCAGUGGAAGAAGGAGCUGACAGAGACGUUCACGGAGGCCCAGCAGUUAUUGCGGCGCGCCCCCAAGUUCCUCAACAAACCUCGAGUGGGCGUGGUCGAGCUAUCCAAGCCCCCCCUCUGCCACAGGAACAGCAACGGCCUCUGACCCCCAGGACGGGCAGGCUUCUGAGGACGACAUGCCUCAAGGAAGGCCGCAGCAGCUGUUUCCAGC